CUAAUGCCCUCUUGUGUUACUUCCUGUUCCCACUCGAGGGACAGCCAGGAAAAGGCCACAACUACUGGGUAACGUGACCCUCUGUAAGGGGCAGGGCGUGGGCAACAUCACAAGUGCCUCACGUGUCUAAGAGGAAGUGACGGAGAGAAGAGGGACUAGAAACCUUCCAGAACCCAUGGGACUCCUGGGACCCAUGUGGGGUGGGGAGGGGAGGGGCCGUCUCCCCCACUGGUUCCCUGCCCACUUGGGUCCCCUCCCUUCCCAGAGCCCCAAGGACCAGCUGCCCCCAAACUCCACCAACACCCAUUCUUGACGCCGGUGGUGCCAGGGCCAAUCCCCUAACUUUGUGACAACGGUUCGGUGACUAAGUGGUGGCCGGGGUUGAGGUGCCUGAGUCAGGAAGUCCGCAGCUUAAUUCCUCCUUUUCCAAAAGAAAGCGGAGGCAACAGGGCUGAGCCAGCACAGCCGGUGCGGACCGAGCCUGACGCGGACCGACUGGGCGCGGCUGCCCAACCAUGAGGCUGGCAGUGGUCUUCGCCGGGGCCUUGCUGGGGCUUCUAGUGGCCCAGGGGACAGGGAAUGGCUGUCCUCACAAAAAAUCAGCCACUCUGCUGCCAUCCUUCACGGUGACGCCCACAGCUACAGAAAGUACAGUAAGGCCCACAACAACCAGCCACGGGCCCACCACCACGGGCGCCACCAGCCACGGGCCCACGACGGCCGGCCACCAUGCCACCACCACCCCCAGUCACGGGAACGCCACAGUUCACCCGACGACAAACAACAGCACGGCUACCAGCCCAAGAGCCGCCACCAGUAGCCCCCACCCAGGACCCCCUCCACCCCCUCCAAGUCCGAGCCCAGGCUCCAAGGAUGCUGUAGGGGACUUUACGUGGACUAAUGGCUCCCAGCCCUGCGUCCGGCUCCAAGCCCAGAUCUGGAUCGGAAUUCUGUACCCGACCCAGGGCGGAGGAGAGGCCUGGGGCACCUCUGUGCUGAACCCCAACAAAACCAAGGCACAGGGGGGCUGUGAGGGUGCCCACCCCCACCUGCUUCUCUCCUUCCCCUACGGACAGCUCAGCUUUGGAUUUAAGCAGGAGCCAAACGCCGUCUACCUGAACUACGUGGCUCUGGAGUACAACGUGUCCUUCCCGCAGGCAGCGCAGUGGAUGUUCUCCUUCAGGAACACAUCCCUUCGCGCGCUCCAGGCCCCUCUGGGCCAGAGCCUCAGCUGUGGGAACGCGAGCAUCCCUCUGUCCCCGGCGCUGCACCUCGACCUGCUCCACCUGAAGCUCCAGGCCGCCCAGCUGCCCCCCUCGGGGGCCUUUGGGCCAAGUUUCCCUUGUCCGAGUGACCAGUUCCUCCUGCUGCCCCUCAUCAUCGGCCUGGUCUUCCUCGGCCUCCUCGCCCUGGUGGGUGCCACGUUCUGCAUCAUCCGGAGACGCCCGCCCGCCUACCAGCCCCUCUGAGCUCGCAGCCCCAGCGCUACGCCGGACUCGACUCAGGGGCUGCCUCCUUUCUCCCCGAUCAACUGCCUAAGAACCAAAGUGGCCUCCUACCCUCUAGCUCUUCAGGAACAGAAAUAUGGAUAAUGCAAUCUGGGAGGGACGAGGGGACAGGGGUUUAUUAAAUGUGACAAGUCUCUCCUCCUCCAUCCCCAGAAAAAUAAAACCUGCUCCGACCUCUG